AUGACGCCCAGGGGAUCGCGCAAACGAGCGAAGCCCAGUCCUUCUGGCGCAGACUCACCGUCCCCCGCAUCCCCAAGCAAUGCUGGGCGAGACCGCUCGGAUUCCCAGCCUCAAGGACGUGCGAGUUGGUACCCUGGGUCUUGGUCAACAACCUCGCGAAUGUCCAAAGCGGCUCCAGUUACCGAGGUUGCCCGUGAGAGCAUAUCCGUCGCCCAGAACGUUGCCUCCAGCCUCGCAGAAUCCUCGACCUCCCUCUUUGACUCCCCAAAACGAAACCGAGCGCCUUCUAUUCAACUCAUCAAGAAAGCUGGUGCUUCCACCCGUUCACUCCCUGCCAACGUGACUACAACCAGAGUCAACAUUGCUUCGGAUGGGUCAGCUUCUACGACGGCUCUAGACAAGCUUGAGGAUAGCCCAGCGGCAGAGACACCAGCAACAGGCAAAGAAAUAUCGUCUGCAGCUUCAGCCAAGCAUCAGGAAAAAGCAGCUGAAGGACAAGAGCUGGCUAUUGAUGAUAGUCCGGAGCCUAACACACCGCAUGCAGGACAUGCAGCUGAGCAACCCAGCGGAUGGUUUUCAUGGAUUUAUCCAACAGGACUCCCACAGAAAGAGACUGUGAGCAAUCCUGAAUCAACGAACCAAGCUGAGAGACCAGGCGAUAGCGUCCAAGCUACAAACAAAGCCGAUAUUGAAACAGAUACAGCACUUCCGACUGAACAAGGGAAGCAAGUGGAACAAGAACAAGACAACCGGCCAUCUCAGGCUGAAGCCACAACCGAUACUGCUUCAACCGCCCAAAAACGCUCUUGGUUGCAGAUGUGGUACGGUUCUUCGUCAAGUAAGCAGGAAGAACAGGCAACAGCGGAAUCGAGCAAUCCGCCUCCCACCGUAUCAGAUCCGUCAGCAAGUAAGGACGUGGAUAUGUCGCCAAAAGAUCCCACAGAACAUGAAGAGGCAGCUGGUCUACCUCAACCCCCGGCUGAAACCACAAAGUCUUCAGGGUGGUCGUUCUGGUCAAAAGAUCCACCAAAGGAUGCCACGCCAGGAAAGCCCCAGGAAGUUGAGGCAGUCGAGGCAUCAGUAGCACCGGACACUCCAUCUCGCACAACGGGGUUGGAACCUGACCCAGAAGCAAAUGUAAACAUCACAAAGAAGGGCAGCCUAAAAGUCAAACCACCCAAGGAUAGUCGUUUGAAGGACGGGGCUGUAUCCGCGAUUGAGGCGACAUCUACCUUCACACCAUCCAAAGAACCUCAAGCGAUCGACUCUACUGCUUCAAAACAACUGCAAAACAUCCUGCCAAACCAAGUGCUACCCCGUUUUGAAGACACAUACAAGUUGGAAGAAUCACCCUCUCUGUUGCAGUCCCUUGGCCGGUUUCUACAUUACAGCAAAGGACCCGAGCACAACCAUGUGUCUCGUGUGAAAGAACCCCCUAGAAUUAAACGCGCUCUCGCCAUUGGUGUCCAUGGCUACUUUCCCGCCCCGCUAAUCCGUACCGUGCUUGGGCAACCCACGGGGACAUCUAUUCGGUUCUCCAACAUGGCGGCAGAAUCAAUUCGGAAAUGGACAGUGGACCAUGGAUACUCUUGUGAUAUUGAAAAAAUCGCAUUAGAAGGGGAAGGUCGCAUCUCAGAGCGAGUGGACUUGCUCUGGAAGUUACUCCUGAACUGGAUGGAGGAGAUUCGCAAAGCCGAUUUCAUUUUGGUCGCAUGUCACAGUCAGGGUGUGCCUGUGUCAAUCAUGCUGGUCGCGAAGCUAAUAUCUUUUGGCUGUGUCAAUGCGUCACGGGUAGGCAUAUGUGCUAUGGCUGGUGUGAACAUGGGCCCUUUUUCUUCUUACCGCUCCAGAUGGAUCAGUGGAUCUGCCGGGGAGCUGUUCGACUUUGAAUUACCCUCUAGCAAAGUAUCCCAGGACUACGAAGCUGCAUUGAGAUGUGCACUUGACUUUGGUGUUCGAAUCUCGUAUGUUGGGAGCAUUGACGAUCAACUCGUCUCCCUAGAGUCUGCAUUAUUUUCUCCCAUUGCCCAUCCAUACAUUUACCGAUCUGUUUUCGUGGAUGGCAGAGUGCAUGCACCAAGCUUCGUCUCUCACCUUGUUGGCUUCGCCCUAAAACUUAGGAACCUCGGUAUUCCAGACCACGGUCUAAUCCGCGAACUCAGCACCCCGCUGGCCGGCAGUCUCUAUACUGGCGACGGCCAUUCCCGUUUAUAUGACGACGAAGCCGUAUACUACAUGGCCGUCCAAUUUGCACUGGAAACAUCUACAGCCCCAGAUGCAACCUUGAACAUAAAGCGAUCUAAUCCUUCUGCUGCCUCAAACCCGUACAUCCUUCCGUUUGCGAUGCGCGGCCUUCUCGAAGAAGAGCACGUGCGUCGUGAGCUACAGGAGGAGACGAUGGAGCUCCUACGUCAGUUCGACGAUUGGAAGCCGUCGAGCAAGGUCUUGAAAGAUGUCAAAUUCAGGCUGGAGGGAAUUCGGUCAAAGCUGUGA